UUGAAAUUAAAUAAUAAAUAAAUAAGUAAAGAAAUAAUUUUUUUAAAUUACAAUAAAAUAUCUCAUUAAUUUUUUUUAUUAAUUUUCAGAACAUGGAGUCAAUGUUGAUUAAAUUUCAAACAGAUCUGGGAAGUAUAAGUUCUGAAAUAUUAUUAUUGCAACGUAGAUCUGUUGCAAUGAGCCAACAGUUAUCCAACCGUCAAGCAAUCAGAGGUUCAUUAAGUCAGUUUAUUGAAGAUAUGACAAUAUCCGAAGAGUUGAUAAGAGGAAUAAUGGAAUGUCCAGUUACCGAAAAAGAUUUUUUAACACAUCUGCAGAAUCUCAACCACAAAAUAAACUUUAUCAAAGAACAAAGUUUCAAAGACGCCAAGUCCUGUGUAGAUGUUAAGGAUAUAGUUGAAAAAUUAAAACUUAAAUCCAUCAGUAAAAUUCGCAAUUACUUAUUAGAACAAGUUUACAAAUUUCGGAAGCCUAUGACUAAUUACCAAAUACCUCAAAAUAAUAUGCUAAAAUAUAAAUUUUUCUUUGAAUUUAUACUUUGUAACGAAAGAAAUGUUGCUGAAGAAAUUUGUAGCGAAUAUAUUGAUACUAUAAGUAAAAUUUAUUAUUCGUACUUCAAGUCGUAUUCUUCGAGAUUGAUUAAACUACAGUAUGAAGAAAAACCAACCAAAGAUGAUUUAAUGGGAAUUGAAGAUACAGUUAACCGUGGAUUAUUUCAUAAGGCGUCAUUGAAACAUAAAGGAACUGUAUUUUCUAUCGGCAAUCGAGGAGAAAUUCUCAAUUCACAACUUGAAGAACCGAUUAUAGUCCCACAUACGGCUUCAAAAAUACGAUAUCAUUAUGAAGCUUUGUUCCGAAGUGAACAGUAUGCUUUAGUUGACAAUGCCUGUCGCGAAUAUCUGUUUUUAACAGAAUUCUUCAAAGUACGUGGAUCACAAGCUAUGGAUAUUUUUAAUCAGGUGAUGGGAAAUACACUGACCUUGAUGCAAAAAAGUCUUCAAUCAUUCACAGAAGAUUGUUAUGAUACAAUAGCAUUAUUUUUAUGCUUUCAUAUUAUAAUGAGAUAUCGAAUAAUUUGUCAUAAACGAGCUGUUCCUGCUCUAGAUAAAUAUUGGGACAAUUGUACAUCUAUAAUAUGGCCAAGAUUUCACCACGUUUUUUCCAUAAAUAUUCAGAGUAUAAAAGCAUGUGAUCCGCUGAAAUUCAACAAAGAAACUGGCCCUCAUUAUGUUACGAGGAGAUAUGCUGAAUUUAGUGCUGCCGUAGUAAGUAUCAGCGAAGGGUUCCCAUGUGAAGGAGUGACUCAAUUGUUAGCUGAAUUACGUGAAGCUGUCCAAUGUUUUCUUUUACGGAUGGCUGCUAUAUUCCCUAACAGAACUCAACAACUUCUAUUUUUAAUAAAUAACUAUGAUUUGGUUCUUGGAGUUUUUAUGGAACGAACGCGAGAUAAUUCUAAAGAAGCUGAGAGCUUCAAAGAACAAUUGAACGCUAAAUCAUCAGAAUACGUUGAAGAAAUAUUAUCGCCAUACUUUGGAGGUAUUAUUCAACUAGUUAAAGAAUCAGAGGCCUUAAUCGAAAAGGGUUUGACUGAUGAAUUAAAACGUCAUGAAUCACGUGCUAUUGAUUUAGUACAAUCGUUUACAAAUAAUUGGAAACAGUCACUCGAACAAAUAAACAGUGAAAUAUUGAAGUCAUUCCCGAAUUUGGUCCUUGGAGGAGCACUUGUCCAACGAACAAUGACGCAACUUGUCGAGUAUUAUCAACGCUUACACAAAAUUUUGCCUGCGAACGUACGGACCCAGUUGACGAAUAUUCACUUUAUUAUGAUAGAAAUAAAGAAAUACAAGGUUAAUUAUUAA